AUGUCCAGGAUCGCAACCUACUAUGAGGGCAAGUCCAUCCUCAUCACUGGGGCCACUGGCUUCUUGGGCAAGGUGCUUCUGGAGAAGCUUCUGCGCACGAGUCCUAAACUUAAGGUCAUCUACAUUCUGAUGAGGCCCAAGGCUGGCCAGACACUGCAGCAGAGGGUGGACCAGAUGCUCAACUGUAAGCUGUUUGAUAAAGUCAGAGAAGCAUGUCCAAACAUGCAGAAGAAGAUCCGAGCCAUCUAUGCUGAUCUCAAGCAUCAGGAUCUGGGCAUUAGCGAGGAAGACUUGCAGGAACUGCUGAAGAGCACCAACCUCGUCUUCCACUGUGCUGCUACUGUGCGCUUCAAUGACUCCCUGAGAAAUUCUGUGCAGAUUAACAUCAUAGCCACACAGCAGCUCCUGCGCAUGGCUAGUCAAAUGACCAGUCUGGAGGCAUUUAUCUACAUCUCCACUGCCUAUUCCAACUGCAACCGAAAGCACAUAGAUGAGGUGGUGUAUCCCUGUCCCGUGGAGCCCCGGCAAAUCAUCGCUUCUAUGGAGUGGUUAGAUGAUGCCAUUAUUGAUAAAAUCACCCCCAAGCUGCUUGGAGAGUGGCCCAACAGCUACACCUAUACCAAGGCUCUAGCAGAGAUGGUGGUGCAGGCAGAGGGUCAGAACCUCAACAUGGCCAUUGUCAGGCCCUCCAUCGUGAGUGCCACUUGGCAGGAACCUUUCCCUGGUUGGGUAGAUAACCUGAAUGGACCCAAUGCAGUCAUAAUUGCGGCUGGUAAAGGGCUUCUCCGCUCCAUGAAGGUUUCUCCGAGGGGCAUGACAGAAUUUAUCCCAGUGGACAUCGUCAUCAACCUCAUUUUGUCUGUUGGCUGGUACACAGCGGUGCACAGACCAAAAUCAACACAGAUCUACCACUGUACAACAGGUGCCCUCAACCCCUAUAAGUUGACUGAUAUGGGUGUGCAGUUCAUGGCCACCUUAAAGAAAGUCCCCUUGGAGCGAGCUUUCAGAAUACCCAAUGUCAGCUUCAACACCAGCACCAGCACUUUUUUCAUAGAGUACUGGAAUGCUGUCAACCACUGGGGACCCGCAGCAAUUUACGACCUGUUCCUGCUGCUCACAGGCAGGAAGCCCCGAAUCCUGAAUAUCAUGAACCGCAUUCUGAAAACAAUUUCAAUGUUGGAGUACUUUUGGACCCACUGCUGGGAGUGGAGCAUGAAAAACACAGAGAUGCUGAUGGCAGAGUUGAGCCCUGAGGACCAACAAGUGUUUAAUUUUGAUGUGCGCCAGUUGGACUGGCUAGAAUACAUUGAAAAUUAUGUUAUUGGAGUGAAGCAAUACUUACUGAAAGAGGAUAUGUCUGGAAUCCCCAAAGCCAAGGAACACUUGAAAAAGCUCUGGAACAUGCAGUACCUCUUCAAAGCAGCCCUUGUCCUCCUCACCUGGUACCUUCUUAUCACACACUCUCAGGUAGUGCAAAACACUUGGUUCUUCUUUGUAAACUGCGGCGACAAGCUCCUCACUUACUUAUGGGAAUCCUCUCCAUUCAAGAUCUAA